AUGGCGCGCAAAGCACAUCCCGUCUACCCGUAUCGCAACUUCCAAAUCGAUCGCACAUCUAUACCUCCCCCGACGGCUGCCGGACUCAUUACCCCAAUAGUAAUACUAUCUCGCACGUUUGAAUACUUGCGCCUCAAAUACGGCCUCAUCUCCGCCUCUGCCAUCUAUUUGCACGGCACCUCCUUCGCUCUCCCCUGUCUCCUCACCCAACUCCCCUGCGACCAGAGAUACAAAACCGAAUUCCCACUUUUCGUGGAUGUAUGCCAGCCCGACAAGGGGCUGGUGUUGAACUCUUCAAAUUUGGCAUUCCCGAAAGGAUGCCUAGGCAAGCUCACAGUCAGCAAGACCUGGACGCUAAUUGGCUCUGUGGUACCUCCUGCUUCUGGACGACAUAGUUAG